AUGGAUCCUACAACCACAAGUGCACCUGACAACUUUACUUUUGAGCCUGGUGACCAAAACCAAAGCAAAACCAGUGUUUGUUUUCUUCCUCACAAUGGCUGGACCUUCACGUUUGUUCCAAUCUACAUCCUGCUUAUCUCUGCACUGGGAAUUGUCCUGAAUGUCUUUGUCCUGAUGGUUUUCUGUUUCCACAAGAAGGCCUGCUCCACAGCUGAGAUCUACCUGAGCAACUUGGCUGCAGCUGACCUGGUUCUGGUUUCUUUUUUGCCCUUCUGGGCAGCUAAUGUUUACAAUCGUUACAACUGGACUUUUGGUCGAGCCAUGUGUAAAGUUGUUAAUGCAAGCAUUCUGAUGAAUGCUUAUUGCAGCAUCUACUUCCUGGUUCUGAUCAGCAUAGAUCGUUAUUUGGUUCUGGUGCACCCAAUGUCUUGCCAAAUAACACGUAGGCCUAAAUAUGCCAAAUGGGGCUGUUUGCUGGUUUGGAUUCUGGGCUUCCUCUUUAGUCUUCCAGCUCUAAUCUACAGAGAUGUGACUCUUCCCAAUUAUCAAAAUAUAACCCGCUGUUUGGUUAAUAAUGUAAAUAAUUCUGUACAGCUGACAAAUGAUGCGUUGAUUUCUGUGUUUGGGUUCAUUAUUCCUAUUUUUAUCAUUUCUUUCUGCGCUGUAAAAAUUAUUAAAACUUUGAGAAGCCGAUUAUGGGAAGGAGUGAAUACAAAAAAGACAGACCACAAAGCAACCAGUUUGAUUCUGUCUGUUCUACUGGCCUUCCUGAUCUGUUGGGUUCCGUACCACCUGAUGAAGACUCUGUAUGUGCUCUGGGUCAAAAAUCUGCCUGACUGUGACUUGAUUAGAGUUCUGCUCCUCUGCUAUCAGAUUUUCACCUACUUAGCGUUCUUUAACAGCGUCCUCAACCCCAUUCUCUACGUCAUUGUAGGAAAAAACUUUCGCAAAAAAGUUAAGGAACUCUUCAGGCAGAGGAACCACAGAAGAACAAACACUCUCUUAACACAGACGAGCACAAACCUGUCCAGGGUGUUCCCUGCCUCUCACAUGGUAAUUGAUGGAGAUACACAGAACCUCUGUUACGUCUUGAAAAGGAAAAAUCUGUUCACCUGGGUAACUCCACAUUAUAACAGAAUGCUCCAGCCAGAAAUCACCCAGAACGUGGCUGAGAGAGAACAGUCCCAACUCUCCCUGUCCUCUCAGGCAAGACACAUCGACAACCAUGAUGCGACCCUGCAACAGAUCCUGGAACUACAGAAGAGUAAUCAAUCCAACCUCCAGGAGAUGGGAGGAGGACAAUAUCGCACGGACCCCAACAAGGUUAAGGCAGUGGUGGAUUUGCCCGUCCCAGAAAACCGUAAGCAGCUGCAACGAUUCCUGGGAUUCGCCAAUUUCUACAGGAGGUUCAUCAAAGGGUACAGUCAGGUGGCAGCCCCCCUCACUCAGCUCACCUCUACACUACGGACCUUCAGGUGGACUCCCGAAGCAGAUUCAGCCUUCAACAAACUCAAGGAUCUGUUCUCCUCUGCUCCUAUCCUCUGCCACCCUGACCCCAAGAGACAGUUUAUUUUGGAGGUGGAUGCUUCUGAUACAGGGGUGGGAGCUGUCCUGUCUCAGAGAUCAUCAGAUGACGGUGAGAGGGAGGUCAGCAUCAUCCCUUCGUCCUGUGUGGUCAGUGCACUCUCAUGGCCUAUCACCGAGGAGGUCUUGGAGGCUCAAAAGGUGGAACCGGAUCCCAAGACCGGCCCCAAGGACAGGAUAGUCUGGAUGUACCGGAUCCUGUCCUGUAAUUCGAAGUAUUGA